CCAGCCACAAUCAGAACACCAUACCAUGGAAGGACAAAUUGACAACGCGAAGAAGUUUCUCAACAGCGAGCAGGGCCAAGGGUUGAAGCAGCAGCUCUUCGGUGGUGGAGAUUCAAACACUGAACAAGACAAUGCGCCCACUAAGGAUAUCCAGGGUAACCAAGGAGCUCCCGGUCAAUUUGGCCAACAAGGCCAGUACGGCGCAGUCACCGGUAGUGGCUUUGGUGGAAGCUUGGCCAAGGAUGCUCAAGGCCAGUCACUUCAGGGAGGUAAACAGGGGCAGAAAGACAGCCCGUAUGAGGGAAUGGAUAAUGAUGAUACUACUGCCAGUGGUGGUUACGGCAGAAAUGCCCAAGGUGGCGCUUUUUCAAGGCAGAACCAGAUGGGUACAGAUCAUCUUAACCAUUUGAAUCCUGGGGGAGUGUACGACGGGGAUGAGGGUCGCGAGGGGUACAAGACCGGCUACAGUACCCCAGGAUACAGGAAAGAGGACGAGACCGAGGAGCAGCUUCGACAGUCCAAUCGUAAUGUGUACGGCCAACAAUCGGAUGAGCGGGGAAGCAAAGACAAUGAUUACCACGAGAUUUAAUGAAGCGUUGUAAUGAUGACAGAUUUUCCGUUAAAUUGUAGUGUCACAUAACCAGUAUAGUCUGUUCGAGACAUGUAAUCAAAAUCA